AUGUUCAAGUCGAAGUCCUUUGAUUUGGUCAGUGAGGAAAAGAGUAAGCAACCAGAGCGGCUGUAUCAGCCGCGUCGGAUGCGAUGGCUAAAAUACAUCAUCCUGCCGGCAGUUUUUUCAUUUGCCCUUCUGCUGAUCCUGGUCAAUGUGGAUUUCUCCGAUAACGCCACCGAAGUGAUCUCUAAUUCAACGGAUCUGGGAAAUGAACACGAGUCGCAUUACACCAAGAACAAGUGUCGCUUCAAAUAUGAGACAUUAAUCCUUAUAUGUAAUUACGAAUUUAAAAAUAACACUCUUGAAAAAAACUUUUUUUGCGGCAGAUCCGUACUGCAAAACUUCACCAUCGAAAACAGCACUAUUAAUCAUAUAGCCGAUGCAACUUUUGAUCAAAAUCGCACUCGUAGCUUGCUGAGCCUGCAAUUAAUUAAUGUGCAACUGGAGAGUCUUACACAAUCAGCCUUACAGGGUCUUCAAAAGCUUCAAAACUUUACCCUAAUCAAUGGGAAUAGCGCUUUCAAGCCGCUGGGAUUUCUUUCUGCUGUGUCUGAAACUGUAUGCAAUGCCAGAAUACACCAGCAAUACUCCACGGAAAUAGAGUAUUCAAUCAGUGACUUCUUGGGACCCCGGAAUUUCUCUCAGUUAAAAUGGUUGGAUCUGAGUGGAACCAACAUCGGAGAGACUCUUAGUGAGGAUUCUUUUGAUAAUCUGCCUGCUCUAGAAGAACUCAUCCUAAAAGGCAGUGGCUUACACCAAAUUGAGUGGGACUUCUUACCCUCAGGGCUUAAAUUAUUACCACAGCCGGAAAUAUUUAGUUAUACAGCUGAGACAACCAUUAAUGAGGAGGAGCAUACCACAGUCCAAGCUAUAGGAGCCUUUGCUCCUCAAGUAGUGGGUACCCCGACCACUUCACCGACAACAGUUUCAAACCAAUCAACAACACCUCUCUACACAGAGGAAACCACGAUUGAUGAAUCUAUGAACUGCGACGAGAAUUCUUGUCAAGAUCUGAUAUGCACUUAUUUGGCUCCUAACUCAUCGACUGGAUCUUUAGAACAGGAGAGUUCGACUGAAUGUGGAGAUGGUGUACUAGUGGAGAUAUGCGAAUCGGUUUGCAUCACACCCUUCUAUUACUGUAUGAUUCUGGGCGAUAACUUUACUUCCUCGAUUAACUGCUGUUCUAAUAAAACCACAAGAUGUGUGCUUUCUACAGAAGUGUCGGGGUGCGAGACCAAUAGCGACCUCGUUAUUGGAUUGGGAGUGGGUCUCUUUUUUGUUGGCAUCCUCCUCGGGGUGGCCAUCGUUUACCUAACGCUCCGAUGGAAGCCCUCCUGGUUGAGUGCCAGUGAACGUCCUGAGUACAACACCGUGGGCCUGAUUCCCCGGAAAUCUGAAAAGGACACGUACGACAAUAAAGGGGCCCCGAUUUCGACUCUCGACAAUAACGAAUAUAUCACCGCCUAUCACCGUUACCUCGAGCAGGCGAAUCACCUCCCCACGGAGUCCAACAAAUAUAUCAGUCCGCCCAGGGAUCGGGCUCCUUCUGUCCCGCCGUCGAGCACCUACCACCUCCCCUUGCCACUCCCACUCCCGGAACGAAAUAACUACAUAUACGAGAGCUGUGAGGUGUACGAGGAACUUCCAUAGACAAACACGCAUA